AGGUUACAAUACACCUCGAGGCAUGUCUCAGCUCUAAGGUAAACAAAUCGUGAAAACCCAUUAUAGCGAUGUAAAGCGGAACAGGUUUAAAAAGGAAGAAGGAUCGAGUAUCACAGCAUUAUCCACAUGUGAUUACAUCAAAGGUGACAUAAAAGGAGUGCCAGAAACCAGUUGAAGAUGCAUCUUUUCAUCAUCACCACUGUUCUUGGGUGUGCAGGAGUUGUAUUACCUGCACUCCUUUACCAUUUUAUACGAGCCAUUGGAGGUGAAGGUCCAGAAGAACGACAGAUACGGCAAGAAGUUUUGAGAUUGAAGCAACAGUUGCAGAAUAUCAGUAUGGUUGAUCAGUUUGCAAAUUAUGCUCGAAUCCAGCGGAAGAUUAAUUCCCUGAAUCAGCAGUACAAAGCCAAAGUCAGCGAGCGCUCCAUCGGACAACAACGAGUGCAGCUCACCGUUAAUGGAAUAAUCAAGACAGUCGUUGGCCUGUCAUGUCUCUGGCUGGUUUGGGAGAAUCGCUCGGAGCCAGUGGUGUCACUACCAGACACUCUAGUGUGGCCACUAGGACCAGUGCUCUCCUUUCCAUCAUGUCAAUAUGGACAGAUAAGUGUGGUGGUAUGGCUUGCUGUGGUGCGAACUGUGUGUGGACGGAUAUCAAAUCUUCUUCCGUCCAGCUCACCAAAACCUGCUGCUCAUUCAAUACCAUCACCCUUCAUCCCGACACCUACCCCUGUCUCCCCACCAUUAGAUUGAUUUUCAUAGCAUAUUCAUGACUCAGUAUUGCAGUAACACUAUAAUGAACAUUCUGUCCUACAAAUACACAAUGUACUCUAUUAUGAUAAAAUCUAUCACAUAAAUCUCAUAUAGAGAAUAUAGAGCAAUAUUACCUUCUUAUAUUCAGGUAUCUAUUAAACGUUGCACAUGAAAACUAACUAAAAGCAUAUAUCUUGAAGAAAAUUUUAAUUCUUUGAGAAAUUUUCAAGCAGAAAUUAUGUGAAAUAUGUGUAUGUGUAUGUUAUUAAUACAAUUAAACCUUUAUAACCUGAAAUUCAUAUGGUAAGUUGGCUGUAACAUGGAGCCAAGUGCCAACAACCAUGAAAAGAUAUAGAAAAUAUAUUCUAUUUUAUAAUUUCUUCAACAUUUUAGAAAUAACACUACACUAUGAUUAAUGAAGAUGCAUACACAAUAGAGAUAUAAUCACAUUAAUGUUAUUUUUAAGAUGUAGGGUAAAUUAUAAAAUAGAAAACACUUUCAAUUCCAUAUCACAGUAGUUUGGGCUUGGUCCCUUGUCACAGUCAGCUACUUAUUUAGAGAAUGCGAAGCAUGAUUGCCUUGUUAUGCCCUAUUGAGUAAGUAUUGGCAUUAGCAUAAGUGAAGCUCAAAUGCUGUCAUCUUAUUCGAGACAUGUUAAGUUGAGUGAUUUACUUUAUUGAAUAUUCUCUAUUUAAAACCUUAUAAAGUAGUUAUUAAAGUAAGGUGAGAAAGGCAGUGAUUUUAGAAGUGAAGAAAAGAGUUACUUCCAAGUGAGAGAGUGGAAAAUGUCAAGCAAAAAUGAUGAACCUUGCAUGGAAUUCUGAGGAGAAACAGAAGCACCAAAAGACUGAGAUAGUUGACUGCUUUCUUUUUGACUACUUUGACAACAGGCAUUGACUACUGAAUAGUGUAUAGGAUAUGGCAUAAGAAUUAAUGUAUUAAAUUUAAAUUUUAUUUAGCUAUUUAUUUACAUUAUUCUAUUUCUUAUUACCAGGUUAUGUUGACUGACAUAUAUGAGGUUUGAAUAAGAAGCUUUGAACAUUUGUGUUUCAAUAGAUUCUACAGCAAACAAAUGCAAUAAUAAACAAGGAACUAGUCCAUAAA